UUUCGAAGCUCUGAAGAAAAACUCGAGAGUAAGAAAAGCGAAGAGGUUCUUGAAUUGAGUGGCGCGCGCAUUCUUCAGUGAUGUUUUCUCGUUUCCUUUGAACCGAAGUUUUUAAUCAUCUUCUCUGAACUUUUGUGUUCACACUUUUGGAAAAAUUAAGUUUCUUGAAACUGAUAUCGUGCUACUGGAUAGUGGACUAUUUCCCACAAGCGUGAACUUUUUUUUCUUGUGGAACUCUGGAGAUAUUUUGAAAUAGGAAAACAGGAAAACAGACUUAUUUGCAAAGCUAAUUAAUUUUGAAUUUUCAAAACUUUAAUAUAAAUAAUUCUUUGGUACAUGUCAACAUUUGUUGACAUGUGAGUCACUCAAGAAUUUCUUCAUUUCAAAUUAUGAUUUAGCUUAACCAUAUAUUUGAUAUCUGACUUUAUCUUUCAACUUUAUUACAAUUCCAGUUUGUCAAAUUAGCCAAUGCUAAGCAAAAUUUAUCAUCUGUAGAAUAAGUUACAAGAAAUUUAAAUAUAAAUAUCAAGAAAAGAUGUUACAACUUCCUCCUCCAUUACUGGACAGUGGUCAAGUAAGUUGCCCACCAUGGUCAUCCAGUAGAUCAUUGGGCUUUGGCUGUGGAACAGCCGUCUUGAAUGGAGUUGUUGGCGGAGGUGGAGGCCUUAUUCGACCAGACCGAUCUUCGAGAACCAACGUUCAAAAACUUACUUGGAGGAAUUCACCUUGGAUCAGAGGAUAUUCCCAUUCCGAUUCUAAAAUUAGCAGCAUGACAAUAGCAGAUGUGAGUCCCACCGUAGCUAUGAAGCGAGUUAUACUUCUAUACGAAAAUCAACAAUACAGAGAAGCUGCCAAUUUUGUCAACAGAUUGCAUCGGAGCACUUUUAAGGCUAUUUUAGAUGAUUUGCCCAUAGAUAUGUUUGUAGAAGCCAUGCCUCAAAGCUUACCCAUUCUGGAAGCUCUUUAUGCGAAAGUGUUUCUGUCGGAUGGAUUGAAUUUUCCCAUGCGUCUUUUAAGACCAGAAAGUGUUAUCAUGCAGAUGGCGAAAAUGUUUUCCCACCGAGAUGUAUUUGAAUCGAUGAUGAAUGGUCAAAAUCCUUUCAUUUUGUCAUGCAAGAAAUUAAUUAAGGUCAUUGUUGUUUCUGAGCCCCGUCUCAAAAAGCAAAUGAUAGGCCGAAAAAGAGCAUUAGAGAAAGCUGUUGAAGGUAUGGGACAGCAUGGUCUCGUUGGAACAUCAGAUAAAACGCUGAUGAAUCUACAUGAAGCUCUCAAGGUUGAAUUUGAGAGAGCCAUUCAUCAAUACAAGAUUGCUGUCCAGAAACUUGAUGAGUUGUGCUUAACUCCUAAGCAACUCGUGACCAGAUCUCUGUCUUAUGGCCCGGCACCAACAAAAGCCAGCCAUCAAAGACAGCUGAGUCUCCGACAAGAUGAAAUCCAAGAGAGACUUAUCAAAAACAAAUCUUUGUUGAACGUCAUUGAACCCACUCUCACUGACCAUUCAUUAGAACUCUUAUUGAAGAUUUUGCAGAAAAGAGUUGAGAUCGAUAAGGAUAUCAUCUUUCAGUUCACUCAACUGAAGAAAGAAGUGAAAGAUAUCAAACCAGAUGCUGUCGUAGCUCCUAUACUUAUGAAGUUCUCCAAAGGCUGUUCCAGAGUAUUAGAAUUAAUGAAAGAAUUAGGCGACGAAGGCGAUGAUGAUGCUAGCAGCAGUGACAUAUCUGGAUAUCACAGUGACUCCGACUCAGCUAUUGCCAACGGUAGCCUCCAAAGCCGUGGUUGCAGAAGAUACAAUCUCAUGUAUCGAUCAGUUCGUGUCAACAGUAGAAGCAGUAGCAGUGGAUGCAGUCCAGACACUUAUUCGAGUGAGGGCAGCAAAUCAUCUCGGAAUAAGCAAAAGCCUGUUCUCAGGAAUGGAGCCAAUAGGCUUUUCUCGGUAUCUCCAGAUUCAAAGCAAGCAUGCUCCAUUACAGUUCAUGUUCCUGAUGGAACGCAGUCAAUUGUAUCAACAGACAGCAACAGCAGCAUCUGGAAAAUAGCUGCUUUGAACAAAGAAAUUGAAAGCCUUCGAUCGGAGCUGGACCGCGCAAAAAGCACUAUUACGAAUUUACAAGAUAGUGAACAAAGAUUAAAAUGCAGACUUGCUGAGCAAGCUCAAAAGAUGCUUGAAAGGGGAGCGAAAUUUGAGAAUGUUUGUCUUGGAGAAAAACGGCCGACAGCUCUUGUUCGUCAAUAUGGUAACUUAUAUGCUCAAGCUAGAGUCGACACUUUGGACGCUUUAGAUGCUUUACCUCCUUUACAAAAUGCUGAUGAAUUGAAAUCAAAGAUCCUGUUCUCUGUAAUUGUGCUCUCAUUUAGGUCCGUUCAAAAUACGUUGUCUGACAUAAAAGAUCAAAUUUAUUCCAUUCUUCAAGUGAGAGAUGCACGAGAGAAUAGUAUUGCUUUUAAAGAACUCGAAACAGGAAUUGCUAAUUAUUUGAGGAAAACGGCCGAGUCAUUCAACCUGUCAAAAAAUGUCAGCGAGGUAUGUUCACAGAUACAGGCAACAUUGUAUGAUUAUCCUUGCCUAAAGAACUGUUCCGGGCUGCUAAAUUAUUCAAAAGAUUGCGUACGCUUAGCCUGGUUUUUAACCAAUCAAAAUCCUCCUUAUGUUAUCGACUACGAAACGCGUACAUUCCGAAAGGAUAUGCAUAUGCGUUUUCAUACAUCCAAUCAAGCGUCGAAUAUCAUCAAAAGUUACUUAUGGCCAACAUUAAUGGAAGGAGAAAAUGGACCUUGUGUCCACCGAGGUGUUGUGCUUACAUAGUUUUGCCAUCAAAUGAAAUUCAUUAAUUUAAUAUCUUUGCUCAGUACUAUUUUUUUCAACUUAAGUAGAUCAUUUCAUUUCAUUGAAUGGCAGUAUUUAUCAUAAUGUGAUUUUAAUUCCUAUUUAUAUCUGUUCAAUAUUUGAUACUUUUUCUCCUAGCUAGAAAUUAAAAAAAUAAGUUUUAUACAUCUUCCACUUUUUUUUCCCUUUUUUUCUUUCUUAUACAGCUUUUACUUUUUUCUAUGUAUUGCUUGUCAUUAAGGGAAUUUAGUAUUCUUACAUCAGUGGUGUAUUGAUGUUAAAUUGAAAAAAAUAAUGUAUUACGUAUUCAAAACAUUCACAAAAAAUAAAGGUUGAAAUUCACUCUGAAAAUUAUUUAUAUUAUAUACAUUGAUCAAGAAUUUAAUUUACAUUUACUUAGUAUCGCGCUGAAUUUCAUGAAAAAAAAUUAUUGUCGAUAAAGUCUAAUAUUUGCAAUGAUUUUUGAAACAUGAUAUAUCACAAAAGAAGAAAAAAAAAUGUAAGAGCAACGAAGAAAAAUUACUGGUUGCACAGCUGAAAUUUUCCUUUGAGAAAUUUUGAAGAUAAAAGUCACACUGGUGUUAAUUACCCACAAUGUUAAAAAUAUCUUGAAUUUGAGUACUAACUUCCCUUAAAAUUUUCUUUCCUUAUUUCAGAUAGGUAUUGUAAAUAAAUUUUUAACAGAAUUGUUACUUGGUGAGUAUCUUAUUAUAAUAUUAGAGAUGUUGGUUUAAAUAUUUUAGCUGAUGAAAUAAUUUACAACUAACUGAAAUUAUUCUGCCACGUGACAUGUGUGCAAAGAAAUUGCACAAAAUCGUAUAUAAUCAACUUCAUUUUCAAUUAUUUUAUACAAAUAUGUAUUUAUAUCCAAUAUAUCAAAUUAUUUGUACAACUAAUGAAAUAUCAUUGGGCAUUAUACUUUUCCUCUGACACAAAUUAUGACACCUAAAAGACAUACAAUGAAUUAAAAUAAAUGAUAUUCUAGAAAGCAAGUAAUUCAAUUUAAUUAUUUGUUUUAUAACAAAUGCUAUUAUAUUGAAUGAAAAUUUAAACUUUCAAGUUAUUCUAACUAUCAGUAAAUGCAUAUUCGUUUUAAUCAGAUACGGUAAAUUCUAUGUAAUUUUGGAACGCUAAACAUUAACUUCCUUUCAUAUAUUUAGUUUUCCAUUCAAUUUUAAUGUCCAGAUCGACAUGUCAAUUUUAAUGUCAACUUGGAGGAUAGUCGAUUCGGACAAUCCUCCAAGAUAGUAUCGUUACAUUUGAAAUGGUACUAGUGAAAACCUAAUGAUUCAAAAUUUCCAAAACAAUUAAUUCAGAUUUGUUAUACCUCAUGUAUGAAAAUUUGUGAAACUCGAAUAAUUCAGUUAUCCGGGAUGUGUUUCAUAAACGAUUUUACAACUUAAAAAAAAAGAAAGCAGAUUAAUAAACUAAACGAGUCUUAACUACACAAUUUGUCUAAAUGCAGAAAAGAUAUUUAUCACAAUGCCAUAUCAGUAUUAUUUUUAUACUUUUAUUGGUAUCUUCAUUCUUGAAGAUGUCAUUUAAAAUGCAUGAAAAAUCCAAGAAUUUUGUAUUCAGGUAACAUAAUGAAAUUGAUGCCAAAUACAAACUUUUUUUUAAUGAAUGUAUUAGAUUUUAUUGCCUUUUAGAUAGAAAAAAAUGUGCUUUUAGUAAGUGUUUUGCUUUUUAUGGGAUGGAAAAGAUGUGUAUUAUACUCAAGAUUCAGAAAGUUUUUUUCGAGGAUCGAGUUUUAAUUAAAUAAUUUUUUUUGUGUGUGUGUAGUAAUUAUUUAAUUUUUGAAUCAUAAUUUUGGUGUUGAUAUUCAGUUUUUUUGAAAAUCAUCUAAAGUUGUGCUAUACUGAAAUGGUACUGUUUUCUUAGGUUUGU